UUUCUCGAUCUUUUUUGCUGGCUUCUUGUAGCAGACGGGUCGUUUUUAGUUUUCCCACAGAAACUACAGCAAUCCCAACAAGAUGAGGCUGUACAAAGAUAUUUUCACAGGCGAUGAAAUGUUCUCAGACACCUACAAAGUAAAACUAGUUGAUGAAGUAGUUUAUGAAGUUUAUGGAAGACUAAUUCAGCGAAAAGAAGGAGACAUUCGUUUGGAAGGCUCUAACCCGUCUGCUGAGGAUCAAGAUGAAGGCACUGACGAAAAUGUCCAGUCUGGUGUCGAUAUUGUUAUGAACCACCGAUUAAGCGAAACAUAUGCUUUUGGUGAUAAGAAGUCAUACACCGCGUACCUUAAGGAUUACAUGAAAAAAUUAGUAGCAAAAUUAGAAGAGAACUCCCCUGACCAAGUAGAAGUUUUUAAGACAAAUAUGAAUAAAGUAAUGAAAGAUAUAUUGGGAAGGUUUAAAGAGUUGCAGUUUUUCACUGGUGAAUCUAUGGAAAUCGAAGGAAUGGUCGGUCUAAUGGAAUACAGAGAAAUUGAUGGAGAAUCUGUACCAGUAAUGAUGUUCUUCAAACAUGGACUGGAAGAAGAGAAAUUGUAGUUUCUUCUUUUUUUUUAAUUAUUACUGUUAUAUAUACCAUUUUAUUUAUAAUUAUUCCAUUUGAGAUUUGUCUUCAUUGAGUUUUUUACUAAUUUUGUUCAAACAGUUUCGGCAUUAGCUUAUCAAAUUGUAUAUUAACAUGCAAUUUUGGAUGACGUAUACUCAGAACAACUCUAAACAGAUUACUUUCUUGAAAGUAACUUUUGUUGAAAAUAAAUAAAAUGUAUAUGACAACUAUUAAUUAUUGUCAUUUUGAAGUGCUUUUGCUAAAGUGAAUUUUUGAAGAACUA